AAACCUACCAAAAUGAAUUUCCGGUUCUAUUUGAAACCGAUUAUCUCAAAAUCAAACUAUGAAACAGAAAAACACUAUUCCCUUCCCUCUCGUUGGAUUGCAACCCCGAAAUCCAACUUAAAAAAGAAAAAAACUAUUCAGAACCGUAUGAGCAAAGGUGCAUCAUCACCGUUCAGACAACGACUAAACGAAAUCACAGCCGUUAUUCCAACGACACGUGUAAAUUCCAAUAUUGACUUUCUCCCUAAUCAGAGCGUUGACUCGUAUUAUCUACGACUCCACAGUCACCACCACCACCGCCUUCGCCUUCCCCCACUUAGAAUUUUCUUUCCCAUUUCUCUCCAUCGUUUUCAAUGGCGGCUCCUCUCUCUUUCUUUCUCUCUCUUUUACACCGAUCAUUCUCUCUCCACUUCCCCGAUGGACGCCACUCUCCAAGCGGUUCUCGCCGCCGUCGCAAGUUUCUGCUUCGUCAUGCUCAUCCUCUCCUUCACCUUCCUCGUCUGCCGCCGCCGCCGUCCUGCAUAUGCCGAUCGCCGCCGCAAUCGGACGGCCAGAACCAGCCCGGAUCCGUCGCCUAACCCCGGCGGCGACCUCACCUCCUCUGCCUCAUCGAUCGACGAGAGCGCGUGCUUCGACCCCUCCAUCAGCCAUAUCUCAAUGUCGGAGCUCUCCGCCGCGACGAAAGGUUUCUCCUCCGAUCUGAUCGUCGGAGACGGCAGCUUCGGCCUCGUGUACCGAGCGGAGCUCUCAAACGGCGUCGUUGUCGCCGUGAAGAAGCUCGACCCAGACGCGAUCCAAGGGUUCAGAGAAUUUCGAGCCGAGAUGGAAACCCUAGGUCGUCUCCAUCACCCGAACAUCGUACGGAUCCUCGGUUACUGCAUCUCUGGUCAGGAUCGGGUCUUGAUCUACGAGUUCCUCGAGAGAGGAAGCCUCGACUUCUGGCUCCACGACGAAAACGCCGCCGUUUCAUCCCCUCUCUCCUGGCCCACGCGCGUCAACAUCGCGCGUGGGAUAGCUAAUGGGCUCGCAUACCUUCAUGGGCUUUCAAAGCCCAUUAUCCAUAGAGACAUAAAGUCCAGCAACAUCUUGUUGGGCCCAAACUUCGAGGCUCAUAUAUCGGACUUCGGGCUGGCCCGUAGGAUCGACUUCUCGAGGUCGCACGUGUCGACGCAGGUGGCGGGAACGAUGGGAUACAUGCCGCCGGAGUACAGGGAAGGGAACACGGCGGCGACGGUGAAGGCCGACGUGUAUAGCUUCGGGAUUCUGAUGGUGGAGAUCGCGACGAGGCGGCGGCCGAAUUGGCCGCUGAUGAUGGCGGAGGAGGAUGGCGGGAGGGAAGUGGGGUUGGUCGAGUGGGCGACGGAGAUGUAUGGGCAAAAGCGGUAUUCCGGUAUGGUCGAAGGCGGUAUUGAGAGCGUUGAGAGCGUUAAGGAGUAUUAUAGGAUCGCGUGUUUGUGUCUGAACGAAGUCUCGAGGGAGCGUCCGUCGAUGAAGGAAGUGGCGGAGAUGUUGGAGAGAGUGGUGGUUUAGUGAUUUAAUGCACUUUUUGCGUGUGUGAAUAUUUAAUGUUUUGUAAGUGAAUAAGGGUUUCAAUAAACAUUUUUUUUUGUUUUUGCAAUUAAUAAUAUGAAUUCCCCAUAGAACAGUUUCUGUUAGGUUCGGGUUCGGUUUGUAUGAGUCGGUUCGGAUUCGGCUAUUUCGGAUUUGAAAUAUUUAUUUCC